GCUGCCCCGUAAGAUACCGAAGCCGCAGCUGCGCUGAUCACUGAUCCAAGGUGAACCUUCACGCAACACACGCCUGCCGGAUCUUUGCUGGGAAUAGAGAAGCGCGCUGGUUUCGGAGACGCAAUGUUGGUCAAACUGGCCGUGGCGCUGCUGGUUUUGUCAGUGCUGGAGCAAGUAGUGGUAUCGGAUAAUAUUGAUAUUCACGACAGUCCCCCGGAGAAGCCUGCGAGCCAGAAAGGACGCCUCUCCCUGCAGAACACAGCUGAGAUCCAGCACUGCCUGGUGAGUGCAGGGGAUGUCGGCUGUGGUGUGUUUGAGUGCUUUGAGAAUAACUCCUGCGAGAUACGAGGGCUACAGGAAAUCUGCAUGACGUUCCUGCACAACGCUGGCAAAUUUGACUCUCAGGGGAAGUCCUUCAUCAAGGAUGCUUUGAAAUGUAUGGCACACGGUUUACGGCACAAGUUCAGCUGCAUCAGCAGAAAAUGUGUGUCCAUUAAGGAGAUGGUGUUCCAGCUCCAGAGAGAGUGCUACAUCAAGCACAACCUGUGCUCUGCUGCUAAAGAGAACGUGGCUGUCAUGGUGGAGAUGAUCCAUUUCCAAGAUCUGUUCCCUAAAGGUCCAUAUGUGGAGCUGGUGAAUAUCCUCCUGAGCUGCGGAGAGGAGGUGAAGGAGGCCCUGACGAGGAGCGUCCGGCUACAGUGCGAGCAGAACUGGGGGGCUCUGUGCGACAGCCUCAGCCUGUGCUCCUCGCUCGCCCCGUCUCCCGCCAGCUCCCCCGUCGAACACCACCGCCACGCCUUGCCUUCCCACCCUGAGCCGGAGCACCCUCGCCCUCCACGGCAAGGCGACAAGGACAAAGCUGGUAAGGCGGGCUUCAACGGUCACCCACGCAACCGCAGUCAGGGACCCCGCCGCCACGGUCCGGAAGUCGGAGUGGUGGCCGAGCAGGAAGACCCCAAGGCCACCGACAUCCGGAGGUGAAAGCUCAGGAGACUAUACUGACCUUUGACCCCUUACACCGUUUAAAAGCCACACUUGCAGACUUAUGCACACAAUGACACAUCCUCACACACGCAUACACACAAACACACAUUUGUCCACACAUACACAAUUUCCCAGACAGACUGAGCAGAAGGAAACAAGCCCUGACCUUUAUUCCUUAUUCCACCCUCUCCAGUCAUUCCAGCAGUCCCACAUGGUAAACUUGCAGGGUAAUUGUGGUGUAGCUUGUACUGUUAUGCCAGACUGUAGGCCACAAUUUUUAUUUUUUAAAUUGAAUAACAAUUGUUAUUAUCAUGAUUAUUUCAACUGUUAGGACAAUUUUGGCUCUAAUAUAGCAUUUCUCAAAUCAUACUUACUGUAAGAUUUGAUUAUAUUUGUAUUAUUUAUUUUAUUCUUUAUGCAAUGUUGAAAUAUCAAAAUGUACAUAGAAAUAUACUUAUCUAUAUUUAUAUAAACAUGUAUAAAUAUAGUUACAAUAUGCAAUACUGAUAUACUAUAGAUGACAUAGUAUAUGGUGUGCCGUCUGUUGUUCUCUUCACAGUAUUGCACCCAUCACACAUUGGUCUGUAGAUAUGUAACAUACACCAUUUGCUGUUUCAAAGUGGGAAUAUGUAUUAUAACUAUAGAUACUUGAUGAUUAAAUACAAAUUGUACAGGUUUUAAGUCCAGUUCUGGCACAUAUGAAUUUUAGUGCAUGAUGGCCAUAAAGCCAACAAACUUGUGCAUUCUUAAAGUGAAAAUCCACUCUAAAGAGGAUGCAAAUGUAAUACUAUGAAUAUGAACAGUUAUUUCACACUUGUAUUGUAUUGAUAAGUCUCUUGCAAAGCUAGAAAUAAGAGAGCCAAGACUGAUCUUUGAUGUCAUCCAGUGCUGCUGUCUGGGCAGCGGUGAAUGGAAACGAGCAUAGCAGCCGCAGUUUUACGGACUCUUUUCUGUUUCGUAAGUUUUAGUUAUACUCAGACAUGUGUCUUAUUUUAAUGCAAAAAAAAAAAAGAAAAGUAUCACAUCACUCUCAAUGUUAAUAGAGCUUCAGAAACUGUGUCUCGGAGACAUUACGGAUCAAUGUCGUGUGUAUAGCUUCAGGAGACAUUGCUCUUGUUCACGAAUAGUAACUGAACUGUCAAAUGUAAUGCGUUCUCUUUGUUUUCCAUCUAGCUAUCAGUGAAGUGCAGCGAUAAGAGAGGAUGUUGAAUUUCAAAUGUAAAAAAAAAAAAAAUCACAAACAUCAAGGUGCCUAAACUUGUUAAAUGUUCACAGUGACCGCUUCUCUGUGAUUUAAGUGAAUGGAUGAUACUGUGUCACGGCGAGAUUUGAUGUUGAACCUAUUUUGCGAUGGUGUUGAGCCACAAAAGUCUUAGAUUUUGCACUUUGGGUGAUUGUCAGUUUGUGUUCGACUGCUGCAUCUUGAGAAAUAAGACCACAUUAACAAAGUAGUCACCCUCUAAUCAGAGGCUAUUUCAUUUGAACAACCUGGUUUUCCUUAUCAAAGACAAAUCCUGCAUCCCCACAUGCUCCUUAGGACCAGAUUGAGCCCCUUCUUUAGUGGAGCCAUGCUACAUUUUCUACCUUUGUGUCCCAGGAGGCAGGAAAGAGGCUUGACAGAAACCCUCCAGAUCUCUAGCCUCUAAAUUAGCCCUUAUUCCUCUCUGGUCCCUUACCUAGGUCAGACAUGAAGGCCUGUUAUUCUGCCCGUUAGAGCCGCAGGCAACACAGCGAGGACCCAGGAACUGGGUUAAGUCCACACACGGGGGCUCUGGCGCUGUUAUUCUAAAUGUUAUAUUUACCGAGGCCACCAGAGAAUUCCUCUGGGCCACAGCCAAGAGCCAGCAACUAGCAGAGACGAGUGGAGCAAGAAGGAGAGAGACGUGCUCAACGUCUUUUUUUAUUUUUAUUUUUUUAAUGUGAUGAUUCACUCUGUCUUUACUUCUCCUUGUACUCUUCUUCUUCUUCUUCUUCUCCUUCUUCUUCUUCUCUUCCUCCUUUAGGUCACAGACACAGGCUUUUGACCAUUUCAGGCCAGUCACAUGCUUCAGUUGUGGAAGUGCAGUUUAUGAGCACCACAUGCUGAGGAGUGCUUGGUGCAAAAAGAAUAUAAAACAUGCUCAGAUUUUGUGGCUCAGUUAAGGGUUUUCACUUUAUUUUUUUUCCUGAUAUACUUACAGUAAGGUAAAGUUUUUUCCUCCCAGUCAUUUAGAGACUAUUAUAAGUGAGGCUUUCAGGCUUGUAUUUUAUUUUUUUAUUCUGUUGUGGAAGUUGGGAUUCCUGUGACAUCCCGGCACAAGACAUAAGCUAAUCCUAUUGAGAAUGUACUGUAUGUGUGUAAAGUGACAAUCUGUUAAGCUCUCUGUCAUUAGGUUUGAUAUGGCUUUUUGUAAUAAUGUAGUUGGUUGAAUGGCUUUUUCUGUAUGUGUUCGCAGGAAAAUAAAACUAACCAUGUUUCCUGUAUUGUUAGAGCUCCAUCACCACAUUACUUGUUUUCUUCUGUCAAGCACAAGGACUCCACUGCUUCAAAAUACAGAACAUCGUCUAGAAGUUUGUAACUCACUUGUAAGACGUCGGGCAUAUUGACUCCAUCAAUAUCUUUGGACUCCUGAAGUCAGAUGUAUCUUGUUAUCAUUAAAGUAUUUUUGUCUGUAU